GCUGAGGGCACCAGCCCAGUCAUCAUGUGCUGCAGUGUCCAGGCUGUAUGCAAAGCCUCACUGAGGUAAAGGACAAUAAAUAGAGACGUUAGUCCUCAUAUCUUUGGUUGACAUUUCCAAUCUCUAGUCUCCGUUUGCACAUAAAUCAUGGUAAACUGUGGAAGCCAUCACUUGCUUUGAGUCUUUAGUUUAGAUCUCCACCUUACCUUGGCAUCCCUCCUUCAUGUCGGACUCGACGAAUCCACCACAAAGCGCACCGAGACGCAGUCCAACGGACUCAUCCUAUUACGACUGCGAUGGCGUAGUGGCUAACAAGAACUAUCCAAGUUCCAAGUCAUGGCAUUAUGCUAGGGAUGUCAGGGCGCAGGUCGCCGCUGAGCAGCCACAACAUCCACGGGGAUGGAGAUACCCAUCAUAUUUCGGCGACAAAGCUGGCCUUCCUUUGGCAGCUUCGAAGCCCCUGACACAUACUCCAAUCGAACCUGGGAGUUUGACUCCAUAUGUACCAGGGACUAAGCCUGGAGCACACCGGGCAGUCUACAACGACACGAAUAGAGCCGUAGUGGAUGUGAUUUACCACGAUCCCAACAAACUUCCAAAGAAUGGCUCGAAGUUUGAGGAAUUCUCCAAGGCGACUUAUGUGGCGAAGGCGGUACCGUGA